CCGCUUUCCCGGGGAGUGAGCUCCCUGGCGGCCGCGGGGAACGCAGGGCAGGCUCGGGCAGCUCCAAGGCGGCCCCGGAGGUGAUAAAACUUGAGAAAUAACUAGGAGGGGCCACCCAGCGUCUCCCUGCUCCAAUCCAGUUUCAGACGAGAACACGCUCCUGGGCAAAGAAGCUUGAGAGCGGCCAGAACGACUUCUAGACAAGCAGCUGCGAAAAAAACCUCCUGCGCCCUGGCUCUCACAGUCCCCGCUAGGCGCCCGCCUGCGUACUUCUGAGGUGCACCGAGCAAUGGCCAUCGCUGGGUUCCGGAGACCCUGGUGCGGAGCCCUUUGCACACAGCUGCUGCUGGCCCUCUGGGUCUUCAGUUUUGCCGGUGAAGCCUGUAAAAAAGUGACAUUAAAUGUGCCUUCGACACUGGAAGCUGACCAGAUAAUUGGAAGAGUUAAUUUGAAAGAGUGUCUCAGCUCUGCUGAUAGCAUCAGGCCAAGCGAUCCUGAUUUCCGAGUUCUAGAUGAUGGGUCAGUUUAUCCAGUCAGAGCUUUCGCAUUGUCUGGCAAGAAAAGAUCAUUUACCAUUCAGCUUUCUGACUCAAAGACACAGACACAGAAAGAGAUCCCUAUAAUGCUGGAGCACCAGAAGAAGGUCCUGAAGAAAAGACACACCAAGAACACUGUCCUCAGGAGAGCCAAGAGAAGAUGGGCACCCAUUCCUUGCUCGAUGCAAGAGAAUUCCUUGGGUCCCUUCCCAUUGUUUCUUCAGCAGGUUCAGUCUGAUGCAGCCCAGAAUUACACCAUCUUAUACUCAAUAAGUGGGCGUGGAGUUGAUCAAGAACCAUUGAAUUUGUUUUUCAUAGAGAGAGAUACUGGGAAUCUGUUCUGUACCCGGCCUGUGGAUCGUGAGGAAUAUGACGUUUUUGAGCUGAUUGCCUAUGCAUCCACGGCAGAUGGCUAUUCAGCAGACCAACCGCUCCCACUGCCCAUCAAAGUAGAGGAUGAAAAUGACAAUUACCCUCUUUUUACAGAAGCAAUUUAUAAUUUUGAGGUUCCAGAAAGCAGUAGACUUGGUACUGUGGUGGGAGUGGUUUGUGCAACGGAUAAAGAUGAACCUGACACGAUGCACACACGCCUCAAAUACAGCAUCUUGGAGCAGAACCCACGGUCACCUGGGCUCUUCUCUGUCCACCCCGACACCGGCGUCAUCACCACCGUCUCUCACUACUUGGACAGAGAGGUUGUGGACAAGUACACACUGAUAAUGAAAGUCCAAGACAUGAAUGGCCAAUUCUUUGGACUGAUCAGUACAUCAACUUGUAUCAUAACAGUGCAGGAUUCCAACGACAACGCGCCCACAUUCCGACAAAAUGCUUAUGAAACCUUUGUGGAGGAGAACACAUAUAAUGUCGACAUCCUGCGCAUCCCUGUAGAUGAUAAGGACUUGGUUAAGAGUCCCAACUGGAAGGCAAAUUUUACCAUCUUAAAAGGGAAUGAAAACGGGUGCUUCAAAAUCACAACAGACCCAGCAACUAAUGAGGGUGUUCUUAGUGUUGUGAAGCCCCUGGAUUAUGAAGAAAAUCGUCAGGUGACCCUAGAGAUCGGAGUGAACAACGAAGUUCCAUUUAUCAGAGACGUUGCAAGCCGAGUGCCCACCAUGAACCGGGCCUUGGUUACAGUUCAUGUGAGAGACCAGGAUGAGGGGCCAGAAUGCAAGCCCCCUGAACAAUAUGUACGGAUCAAAGAAAACUCUGCCGUGGGGUCCAGGAUCAGUGGCUAUAAGGCCUAUGAUCCUGAAACCAAGAACAGCAAUGGCUUAAGAUACAAAAAAUUGCAAGAUCCUAAAGAAUGGGUCAGCAUUGAAGAAGUUUCGGGUCUGCUGACAAUAUCAAAAGCCCUAGACAGAGAAUCCAUGGCUCCAAGAAAUGAUUUGUAUAAUAUUACAGUCAUGGCAAUAGACCAAGAGGGUAAAUCGUGCACAGGGACACUCGCAGUGAACAUUGAGGAUGUGAACGACAACGCUCCAGAAAUACUUCAAGAUUAUCUUGUCAUCUGCAAGCCAAAGAUGGGGUAUACGGACAUUUCAGCUGUCGAUCCUGAUGAGCCUGUCCACGGCCCUCCCUUUCAGUUCAACUUGGCAAGCUCUUCUCCCGAAGUCAACAGAAUCUGGACCCUCAACCCAGUUAAUGAUACGGCCGCCCGCUUGUCCUAUCGGAAAAAUGCUGAAAUUCAAGAAUACGCCGUUCCCGUCACUGUACAAGACAGAGCAGGCCAAUCCACAACCAAAGUCUUGCGAGUUAACCUGUGUGAUUGCACUCAUCCCAACCAGUGUACGGCCAGGUCAAGGAGUGUAGGGGUCUCCUUGGGGAAGUGGGCCAUCCUUGCCAUUCUGCUGGGCAUCGCACUGCUGUUUUCGGUACUGCUGACUUUAGUAUGCAGCGUUGUCACUGCCCGGAAAGGAAAACAUUUUCCUGAAGACUUAGCACAGCAAAACUUAAUCAUAUCCAACACUGAGGCUCCUGGAGAUGACCGGGUGUGCUCUGCCAACGGAUUCACCACCCAGACUGCCAACAACUCCAGCCAAGGCUUCUGUGGCACAAUGGGAUCGGGAAUGAGAAACGGUGGGCAGGAGAACUUUGAGAUGAAAGGACACCAGACGUUGGACUCCUGCCGCGUGGCCGGCCAUCACCACACCCUGGAUCCCUGCAGAGGAGGACACGUGGAGGUGGACAACUGCAGAUACACUUACUCCGAGUGGCACAGUUUCACGCAGCCCCGGCUUGGCGAAAAAUUGCACGCGUGUAAUCAGAAUGAAGACCAUAUCCCAUCCCAAGACUACGUCCUCACCUACAACUAUGAAGGCAGGGGAUCUCCAGCAGGUUCUGUAGGCUGCUGCAGCGAAAAGCAGGAAGAAGAGGGACUGGACUUUUUAAACAACUUGGAACCCAAAUUUCUUACAUUGGCAGAAACGUGCACAAAGAGAUAAUGCCACUGGGUUACAAUCAGACACGGCCUCCACAGUUGUCCCCCGCAGUUGUCCCCGACAUUUGAAACGAAGAAGAGACUGUAAAAUAGAGGUUUUACUCACACAAAAUGCUCUGGAGUUAUGCUGGCUUGUGAUAUUUUGACUUUAGUGUGAAAUUGACACAUAUUCAGGAGAAACUGUUUGAGGAAUUCUGAUUGUUUUUAGACUGGCUGUGUGCUGUGUUUAAUCUUCCUGCCCCGCUCAACAGGGCAGUGAGCUGCAGUUCCCAGUCUGCCACAGGUCCUGACCCUUGCAGUCCACUGUGCGCACAUCUCCACUGAGAGUUCCUACAAUACUACGAUACAGCUGCAUCGUCAGCCAAGGAGUGUGUGCACAUAUAAUGAAUUUUUCUACAUUUUACAGUCUUCCCCCUAGUAAUUUGUAUUGUUAAAGUGGUUUGUUGCUGACUGCUUUUCUAAAAGCACAGGUAUUAAAAUAGAGAACCAGCAAAGCUCAUGUUGCAGUACUGGAGUUAGCUUAGGUCUGUAAAGGACCCACCCUGCCCUGAAGGUAUUUACCUAACAAAUGAAUUGAGUAAAACAGUAGUCUAAAAACAGCUAAGUUAUGCCAAUAUUGCAGCACCACACACUCAUAAAAAUGACUUAAGAAAUGAGCAAAACAUCAAGCCACACUAUUUGAAGAAUGUUUUAGAACAGAAAUAAUUAAUACUAAAUUACAGUAAAACUUUUACAAAGCUGAUGAUCUAGCACCUGCCUCUCUCCGAUUUCAUUAUCAAAUACUUUACUGGACUUUGGAAACAAAACUUGGCAAACUAGUCUAUUGUGCGGCAGUUCCUUUAUUUCAGCGUAGUCUGAGGCCAGUGGGUAUUUCUACAAAAGUGCACAGCAGAGCAGCAUUUAAAAUGCGGUGUAAACAAAGAGGAAAAUGGCAACGAUUGAAGACAAGACUGGAUGUGGCUCAUCUUGUAACAGGAAAUCGGGGUUUUAAAGGGGCAGACUUCCUCCUGCCUGAAUGUGUCAGCCCAGGCCUGCCUGUGCAAUUUGUUUAAAUUCAGAAAUAUAG